CCCUGUUUUGGCGUGGAGAGGGGAGGGUCUGAGGGGAGGGUCAGUAGAGCGUAGUUUGCAUAUAAUUUGCAUAUAGGUAUACUGAAGAAGUAGGCCUGCGUCACUUUACUGGAACCCGUCGUCAUGGUGGCGUGACAAAAAUGUCCAGUUUACCGGGAACUUCCAAGCCGCAAGAGUUAGAGGCCAGUGUUAUUGCUGCUGCACAAGGCCUCAUAAACGUGCUAACGCAAAACAUUCAGCAGCAUCACACCCCAGCACAGCAGAAUCCAGUGCCGUCACAUGAGCACCAGAAUCGACAACAAGCACAAACAACAAAACAAAAUGUGCAGGAGGAGAUGGCCAGGUCGUUUCCUGGCUUCUUUACCAAAAGGAAAGGCAAAAACCGCUUUUCACCCUUACAAACCACUCCAGGGAAGCCGAAAGUCUGUAAGACAUUCAGUGUGUAUGUAUAUUUGGUUAAUAAGGGCUGUACCAGCACGCCUUCUGCAGCUGAAGAGCUGGAGUUGAGCCAAGCAGGGUUGGGGAAGAGGUCCCUCACUUUGACGGAUGAUAUGAGCCAUGCAAUGGUAAAUAAAAUUCUCAUUGAAGAAUGUCCCAAAAUGGAGGGGGUGGAAGGGUGGUUGUUCUACAAGGCUUCAGGUGGCCACGGUAGAAGAAAAUUGCUUGCCAUUCCUCCUGAUGUAGACGGUUAUACAGGUAGACUGAUUCGGAGUGUUUCGGGUGCUGGGAAGACGACCAUGUACAUUGUUCCACUGCAGCAGGACCUUGAUCUUACUCCACUGCCAUCUGAUGCCACUGAAUUUCAAAAAAUGCCUAAGGCUUGCAUGCCAAGUGUGCAAAGAAAACAUGCCUCUGCAUAUCCUAGCAUUGCACAUCGAGGAUUGUAUGGAGUCUGCAGCAGAUGA